CGUCGAUAUAAAAAGGUUCUCACAAAUUGAAUCCCCCUUCCUUUUCCGUGUUCACACACAAGCUUCUCUCUCCAACACAUACGGACACUCACCACUCUUAUACUGUCUCCACGCAGAAACCUGCACUCGCACAUGCUCGUACACGUCCGCACAAUAGGCAUGUUAUAGAUGAAGCAAGUACAGUAAUGUCGAGACACGCUGCAGAACUAUACACCUGUCAUGUUGAAAUUGCCCCACUGGCAUGUUUUAUUUUAUCAUUCCUCUAAUAUCUCUUCGCUUGCACCACCCGGAAUCUUCGGCACAAUAUCCCACCUCUUGAAGAGGCACACAAGCAACAUGGCCGAUUCAACAGCUAUUGUUAUACUACCAUCUCAAAUCUGAUGGCAGGAAUCACUGCUAGUGUCUUCCGCGUCAAGUUCAACAAGCGCAUCUGUGGACGACUGGCCAGAAAGUGCCGUUGGGUUGAGCAACACCUAAAAAGCAGUGACCUGGGCUCUCCAGAUGAUCUUGCUCUGGAGGCACUCAGGGAGCUGCUCGAACAGUGUGCCAAGGAUCUGAAGAAGUUCGCAGGCUCUGGGUUCCUUAUGCGUAUUAUCAGAAGUGGUGGCAUCCCUGAGAUUUGCGAGAUGCACAUGGAGGAGCUGGAUGACUGGAUAGAUAGAGUACAGAAGACGUCCCCCAAGACCAAGGACGAUGCCGACUCUGACCUGGAUGACGAUGAGUUUGAUCAAGACGACGCCAUAAGAUAUGACAUCGAAGUAUCCAAUAAUCAGCACGACGCCAGGAAAGUAUUUCUUUCUACCUUGGCACCUCCCAGACUUCAGGAACGAGCAAUUGUGAACCCAGACCACCUCGGCCAGGACAUAGAACUGGUCGGAACAUUCUUGUUUGGCAACAUCUACCGGGGAACGUACAAAGGAGAUGCUGUUUAUAUCCGGGAGAUAGGCAGCGAUAUCCACGAGGGAUAUAUCAAGAACAUCAAAGAUGGCAUCCUGCUGGCCCAGUGUCUCUCGGACUGCAGUAACCUCGUACGGAUUUAUGGCUUCUGCGGAGAUCGAACAAUUGUGACAGCCAUGCCUGCCAACGGGCCCCUAAACGAGUACCCGGGCAAGCUGACUUCCCUUGAGAAGGUCACCAUUGCACGCAAGGUUGCCGAUGCACUGGUCUUUAUGUACGAUAUCAAGGCAAACGCAAAACGUGUCGUGCACAGAGAUAUCAGAGCCGCCAAUGUCUUGCUGACCGACAAGCUGGAGCCCAUACUUACAGGGCUCGAGCUGUGCAAGGAGAAGAAUAGUCUGGCUGGCGAACGUCCUGUCAUGGGGGAAAGCAUCAAGAGAUGGUGGCCCCCUGAGAGGAUACUGGGGUUUGGGAUAUCUCCAGGAUCGGAUGUGUACUCGUUUGGUGUUCUCAUGUAUGAGAUCUCGACCGGCAAGGAUCCAGAGCUUGACGCAGAUCUUGUGGGGCUGGAGGGUAGCGGGAUCUGUGCCGAAUACACCGCACUGAUGCAAAAGUAUCUGCACCGAUACUACAACGCGAGACCCAAGAUAGAUAAGGUAUUCGAAGAGUUGUUAUCCAUAGAGACAAGUCUUAGGGAUAUGCAGAACUUGAUACGACCCCAAAGAAAUGCGCUCAAUCAAAGACGCGGUUUAUCUAGGAUCCGUUUAGCUUAUAUUGCACAGCCAUCCCUCUCGUCAAUGGACGCGCGUGUUAUACGCAUUUAUGUCCUCGGGCUGGUGUAUUUCUGUCGUGCGCAUUUUCAAAAUUACUGAGUUUGAAACUCCCCUAAUGUUCUGUCGAAGACUCGCCUCUGGACGAU